AUGCCUUCCCAAGCUGGCCCCGAUUUUGCAAAUCCAACUCGCCCAGGUAGCGAAAGAUCCGACGAAUUCUCAUUUGUCAACGACAUCCUACCAAUAACCUCAACUUCCCGCCUCUUUCACGUUUAUAAUAGGCGACGAAGAUCCGAUUUCGCCAUAUUUACCGCGGAAAAGACUCCUCUCGCAUACGUGCGUUGUUCAUCAUUUACCAUCGGCAAACCAGACCUCACAUACCACGCCGGUGAAAACGAGGAGGGCCCCAUCACAGCAGUUUGUAAAUUCGUGAACUUCUCCCGACACUGCAAAAUAGGACUCGGCCGUGCAGAUGACCCAAAUAUCGCCUGGGAAGAUCUAACACGCCACAAACUUACCACACAUUAUCGAUUCGAAAUCACACUACAAGAUAAUGGCUCGGGGUUACCGAGGAGGAAAGCUUUCGUUUGGAAGCGAACCAACAGCGUCGGAAUUGGAGAAGAUAAACCGUCGAAGCUGAGCUCUAGGAAUUUCAAACUCCAAGAUGAAGAGACUGGAAAUGUUAUCGCUGUUUAUUUGAGUGCGGGGGCAAAGAGCUGGAAGAAAUCUGGCAAGUUUCAGAUUGAGGUUGAUCAUGGGAAAUCUUUUGAUACAAUGGUUUUCAUUACAGGUCUUGGGCUUUUGGAGAAGGAAAGACGUCGACAGCGGAGUGAGUGA